CACAAUUCUCCGCGGAGGGAGGCUCGCGCCUUCCUGUCACGGGCGGGCAGGCGCGCGCCUGUGCCCCCCCCCCGCAAGCCCUCCGCUCCUUCCCCUCGGGCGCGCCCCCGACGCUCGUGGAACCGCCGCCGCCGCCUCCCCUCAGUCGCUCGGGCAGCCGGCGAAGGAGCGGCCCGGCGGAAGGAAGGAAGGGCCACGCCUCGGCUCCCCGCCGCCUCAGGGCCCCAUGUCGGCCCCGCUGAAGAAGGGCCCCGGCGGGCUGAUCGGGCUCAUGAAGGAUGCCUUCCAGCCCCACCACCACCACCUCGGCCCCCACCAGCCCUGCGCCGUCGACAAGAAGAUGGUCGAUAAGUGCUGGAAGCUCAUGGACAAGGUUGUACGUUUGUGUCAGAGCCCCAAAUUGGCACUAAAGAACAGCCCACCCUACAUUCUAGACCUGCUUCCUGAUACAUAUCAACAUCUACGAACUAUCCUGUCACGCUAUGAGGGGAAGAUGGAGACUUUAGGAGAGAAUGAAUACUUCAGGGUGUUCAUGGAGAACUUGAUGAAAAAGACGAAGCAAACCAUCAGCCUCUUCAAAGAAGGGAAAGAGAGAAUGUAUGAAGAGAAUUCCCAGCCUAGGCGCAACCUUACAAAACUGUCCCUGAUCUUCAGCCACAUGCUAGCGGAACUGAAAGGAAUUUUCCCAAGCGGACUCUUCCAGGGAGACACAUUCCGGAUCACAAAGGCUGAUGCAGCAGAGUUCUGGAGAAAAGCUUUUGGAGAAAAAACCAUCGUCCCCUGGAAGUUGUUCCGUCAGGCCCUCCACGAAGUUCACCCUAUCAGCUCAGGCCUAGAGGCGAUGGCCUUGAAGUCCACGAUUGACUUGACAUGCAACGAUUACAUUUCUGUGUUUGAAUUCGAUAUCUUUACACGACUGUUCCAGCCCUGGUCCUCUCUGCUUAGGAACUGGAACAGCCUGGCGGUGACUCACCCGGGCUACAUGGCAUUCUUAACGUACGACGAGGUCAAAGCACGGCUUCUGAAAUUCAUUCACAAACCUGGCAGUUACAUUUUCCGACUGAGCUGCACACGAUUGGGUCAGUGGGCCAUCGGUUAUGUCACUGCCGAUGGAAACAUUCUUCAGACGAUCCCCCACAACAAACCCCUCUUUCAGGCACUGAUAGACGGCUUCAGGGAAGGCUUCUACUUAUAUCCUGAUGGGAGAAAUCAAAACCCUGACUUGACUGGUCUCUGUGAGCCCACGCCUCAGGAUCACAUUAAAGUUACACAGGAACAAUACGAACUGUACUGUGAGAUGGGCUCCACCUUCCAGCUCUGCAAAAUCUGUGCCGAAAAUGACAAGGAUGUGAAGAUUGAACCCUGCGGCCACCUGAUGUGCACUUCCUGUCUCACGGCCUGGCAGGAAUCGGAGGGCCAGGGCUGCCCGUUCUGCCGAUGUGAAAUUAAAGGCACUGAGCCCAUUGUAGUUGACCCAUUUGAUCCCCGAGGAGGGGGAGGGCUGCUGCGGCAAGGUGCAGAGGGGGCCCCCUCCCCAAACUAUGAUGACGACGAUGACGACAGAGCAGACGAGUCGCUGUUCAUGAUGAAAGAACUAGCUGGUGCCAAGGUGGAGCGUCCUCCUUCUCCAUUUUCAAUAGCUCCGCAGGCGUCACUCCCUCCGGUACCCCCACGAUUAGAUCUUCUGCAACAGCGAGUAUCUAACCCACCUGGAGCUUCAAGUCCAGGGACCACUUCUAAGGCAAUGCCCGGUUCCCUUCACAAAGACAAACCUUUGCCGAUUCCCCCAACGCAUCGAGAUCUGCCGCCGCCGCCACCUCCAGAUAGGCCACAUUCUAUCACAGCGCCGGACACGCGGCCUCAGAGGCGGCCCCUGCCCUGCACGCCCGGAGACCUCCCUUCCUGGGACAAGUUGCCCCCCAUGCCUUCUAACUGCCAGGGGGAGCUGUGGCCGUCACGGCCGAUCCCGAAAGGUCUAGGGAUGGCACUCAGUCCCAGUGAGCGUUGGGCAGCUAGGGAGCUGACCAAUCGCCACUCGCUCCCCUUCUCGCUGCCUUCGCAGAUGGAUUCCAGAGCGGAUGCUCACAGGCACGGGAGCACUCUUAGCCUGGACACCACCAUGACUCAACCCAGUGGGCUGCCGGCUGGUUCGGACACUGAGCAUUCUAAAAUAAAGCCCUCCUCUUCUGCCAACGCCAUCUAUUCUCUUGCUGCAAGGCCAUUGGUUGUAUCAAAGCUGCCCACUGGAGAGCACUCGGAAAACGACGAAGACACCGAGUACAUGUCGCCAUCUUCCCUGCCCCUUGUACCGCCUGGUUGUGCAGUACCAAAGCAGGAGACCAAGUUGCCUUUGGAGGUGACUCCGAGUUCACGAGUGUUGGAGUGUGACCAGGAAUUGGAUGGCUGUACCUAUGAAGCCAUGUUCAACAUCCACUCCCAGGCAGUGCCUUCUGGCUCAGAGACGGCCAGCGUUCCUGAAGGGGGAGACAUGGCAGGCGCCCACGCAAGCAACGGCCCCGAAGAGUUGGAGAACGAAGAGGACGGCUAUGACGUGCCCAGGCCACCCAUCCCCUUGAGUGUGGCUCGUCGCACGCUCUCUGAUAUUUCCAACGCAGCCUCCGCCUUCAGUCGCGUGUCUCUGGACGAGGUUGUUCUGGCAGGUUUGUCAGAGAGCUCCCAGGUUCCAGAGAGGCCGCCGAAGCCCUUGCCACGGAGGAUAAACUCUGAGCGGAAAGCGGGCAGCUGCCUGCAGGGGGCCGCAGCGGGGCCUGUCGCAGCCGCCCCCCCUCAGCUCUCCGGCGAGAUUGAGAACCUCCUGAGCCAAGGCUACUCCUACCAGGACAUCCAGAAAGCGCUGCUCAUUGCCCACAACAAUAUUGACAUGGCCAAAAAUAUCCUCCGGGAAUUCGUCUCCAUUUCCUCCCCUGCCCACGUGGCCACAUAGCACACCCCCCCGGCCCCGCCUGGGACACUCCUGUGCAUCGACCUGUCUGGGUAGUCUUCUGCCCAGCUUAUAACUAGAGGAGGUAAUAGCUCCUUGAGAGACUUCCCGCGAAGUCCUGCCUGCCUCUACAGAGAAUCGGUCGUCAGGGUUUUAUGCGAUUCCAGGUUUCAAAGCGAGCAGAAUGAAAGGGAGCAGAUAGGUGUAUCUUCUACGGUCUGUGUGUCUUUCUGGGUUGUCGUCCUCCCCCCACUGCUGUUUUCUAGUUUGAGAGAAGGGGUGCGUUUACGGAAGAUUUCUCUGUUCCAGUGCUGGUGGGCAAAGGGUCAAGCGAUGUGUUUUUGUGCUGUGAAUUCAAAGCAGAUGUCAGUGUGUUGAGCGGCGUCUCUGGGCUGAGUGUGACGUGUCCUUUCUUCCUCCCUCAUCCCCUGUGGCUCACAGUACCAGAUUUGGGCCUUUUCACUGUUGUGUGUUUCAGCCCAGGCUUUGCAGAGCAUCUGCUACCGGGUACAGAUUCUCAAGCGAGGGAGAGGUUUCAGCUGCUUCCCCUUCAUGUUCACCAUCAGCUAUCAUCCACUGCCUUCUUGCUCUGAGUUGGGCCUCUGCGCCGGAUCCUUUGGCCAGCAGUGCCUUCCACCCCCUGGGUUUGGAGGCCUCAAAGAGGCUGGACCUUCUGUCCUGUGUCAGGGUUCUUCUUUCUUGAGCAUCGCACACUGCUGAGCCCUUGAGUGUUCCAUUCUUUCAGCGCACAGACUGUGGUGGAUCUCAGCAACCCUGCCACUGGGGCUCUUUGACGCAUUGCAUAACCUCAGCUGCAUUGAGAAGCCUUGUGGCCUUUCUGACCCGUUCUGCCCUCCUUUUUGAGAGUGUUCUGAGAAAGGAAGUUAGCCUGAUGCCACUGAUGAAGUAGGUCAGUGCGUUCAUUGUCCACUGAAGUCCUAGACAGGCUUAACACCCAUUCUUCAACUUCCUGUGGAGCUUUUGUGUCUUACAAUAAAAGAUCCCUACCCCUCCUUGUAGCAUCCCAAAAACGUUUGCUAGACAACAGUUCUGAAGAACUAUGGAAUGAUUGCAAAAAUUGCUAUUCAAAAGUGCAGGUUGAAUUCUGCCCUUGUUUACACGUGGACACGUGCUAGGCUCAGAGCGGGUUUAGUGGCGCCUGAGGCAGCAGCACGCCUGGGACACGGCCGCCACUGUCUAGUGGAGACCCGAGCUGCCUGUGGUCAAAGGACACUUUCCACUUUUUCAUCUCUUUACCUGCUGUCUUCAGAUAGCCUCUGCUGAUGUAGUGUUAACCACAACAGUCUUGAACAUAUUUCUGCAUGUUUGGUUUUCCCUGUAUUUGCUGGUGCCAGCAGCAUCGGCUCCUGGGCUCCAGAGGACCAUUCAGAUCUUUUCCACAAGGAGAAGGUGGGGGGGGGGGGGGGCAGAGGGAGGCUUUGCUUAUGUAGAGCGUGUUCCUUACUCAACCCUCAGCCUUUCUUGGCUACAGGCCUUUGUCUGGGCCUGGACAGGAAAUGCAGAGUGGAAUGCCAGGGGAGUUCUGUAUGGGGUGGGGUGGGGUGGGGGAGGGCUGUGUGACUUUUUAGCGCCAGCCAACAUGAUGUGAAGACGCAAGAGAAGUCACCAGCCGCUGUCUGUCAGGCCCUGCAACAGAGCUGUUUGGGAGAUGCUGUCAGCCGCCCCGUGCCAGGAGGGUUUUUGCUCUUGCAGCCCAUUCCACAUACUAGAAGUUUAUGGGUCAACAUUGUAGCAUGUAUGUCUGAUGGACCUUUUUCUGCAUGUGUUCUUUUUUGCCCACUUCUGGUGUCUUAAAUUUUUUUUCAAAGUGGCUUUCUCAUUGAACCGUGUGAAUGUCUUUGUUUGCAAGCACCACGGAGGCGGAGCAAAACGCUGAAGUGUGUUUUGGGGUUGCCAGCCCCAGGUUGGGAAAUACUAGGGAGAUUUUGGGGGAGGGGGCUGAGGAGGGUGGGGUUUGGGGAGGGGCUAACCCUGCCUUCCUCAGGCCCCACCCCCAAAAUCUCCAGGUAUCUCCCAAUCUCAGGUGUGUUUCCUACUGCUCUUUAAGUUUUUGACUCUUUCUUCACCCUUCUGCCUGAUGCCUCUUAAUCUAAAAAAGGGCAACUUGUUUUUAAUGUAAAGCCAAAUGUUUAGUGCCUUUCGAUGGGGAAACGCUCUAUUUCCAGGGAGAAGAGAUGGGCUGGAAUGUCAAAGUUCCAGGCAAAGUUGCAGAACUGCCACUAUGGAACAGGGAAUGCUGGCCCCAGAAACAGGGUGGCGUGUGCCAGUUGAGCUGGAAUAGAUUUGUCCUGCCCUAGCCCUGUGUGGCUUGCUACCCAGAACUUGGCUGGAAGGCAGUGCAUCCCUGAGACAGGUUUUUCUUGUUCCAUUGUCCCUCCUUCUUUCAGUUUCCCUUUCCAGAAAGAAUGAGCAAAACAUAAACGUGGUCAAAGGCCAAGCGGCUGCAUUGCUGGGUGCCUCCUGGAUCCCUUUGUGGUGUCCCUCAGACCCUGCUUGCCUGCCUGCCUGCUGCAUGGGGACAGUUCACGGCUAGGAACUCCUCUUGUGCGGUGUGCAGGAUGCAUAAGGAGCUUUGUGCAGGCUUUUGCUCAGGGCUCAUCUGUUCUCUUGGCCCUUGCAGCCUCCCCACGCCGACCCACAGCUGCCUUUGGGGAAUCAGGGUGUGGUGUUAUGCAUUUCACCUGUCUGGUAGUCUACUUUGGGGCAGAGUUACUUCCCACCAAGGAGCAUUUGAGCCAGCUAAAGGGGGUGGGGGGAGAGAAACGGCUGCCUGUGUAGCUCAAGCUGCAAAGGGAAGAAGGAGAAAAGCUGCAGGGAUCUGCAACCUGCGGCUCUCCAGAUGUUCAUGGACUACAAUUCCCAUCAGCCCCUGCCACCGUGGCAGAAGCUGAUGGGAAUUGUAGUCCAUGAACGUCUGGAGAGCCGCAGGUUGCAGACCCCACGUGGGAAAUUGCCUCUGGUGGGGUCUUGAGCAUGCUAGCUAGAGAGGAGCUAUGUUUGUUGAGAACCGGUUUUUAAUAUCAGUGUUAAAAAAAAUUUCAGAUUUUCAUUGACUUAUUUUAAAAGUUAUAAUAAUGUCGUUAAUAUAAAAUAUUAGCAGUAUUUAAUCCUUUGAGACCUGUAAAGAAUAAGGACAGAAGGUAAAUAUUCUUACAGAGUAGCUGAGCUUUAAGGUUCAUUUGGUCUAAAAAGUCCUCAUUUUGUUCCGCAAAUGCAUUGUUAAUGUUUUAGAGGUUAUACUAAUGUUAUUUAUUUUUUAUUUUUCAUUCUUGUCAGCUGCCCAACUAAAGAGCUUGGAGGGGAGGGAAGAAGAAAAUCAGAAACAAAGUUUUAUUUUUAAAUAAAUUUCUUUGUUGUAGCAUA